GCCGCCGGAGCCAGAGAAGGGGCAGCCGCGGCGCCGGGCACGGCGCAGCUCCGGCGGGAGCCGGGAAACGAUUUCUGCCAGCGGGACGCCGGGGAGCCGCCCGCCGCGGCGCGGAGCCUUGGAGGAGCGGGCCGGGAGCUGAGGGGGGCGGAGGAGGCGGAGGCGAGCGGGGCGCCGAUGGAGCGGGCGCUGGGGCUGCCCGCAGAAGAGGACCUCUUCCACAAGAGCCUCGCCGCCUCGGCCAAGCGCAUGGAGUCCGCCUUCCGCUCGCCCCCGGGGCUCGACCUUUCCCACCCCCGCGACCGCCAGCCCUCGCCGCUCGCCUGCUACGAGGCGUCGGAGCCCGAGGCGCUGCUGCAGCCCGGAGUCGGCGGCGACCCGCUGGCGCUGCCGCCGGGCUCCGUCUGCGUCAAGUACGGCGAGAGCGCCAGCCGCAGCUCGGUGGCCGAGAGCAGCGGCGGCGAGCAGAGCCCCGACGACGACAGCGACGGCCGCUGCGAGCUGGUGCUGCGCGGCGCCGGGGGGGACCCGCGCGUGGCCUCGCCGGCGGCGGGCGGCGGCGGAGGGGGGGGCGGGGGGCUGAAGGCGGCCGAGGGCAGCUGCUCCAACAGCCACGGGCACGGCGGCAGCAAGAAGUCCAAGGAGCAGAAGGCGCUGCGGCUCAACAUCAACGCGCGGGAGCGGCGGCGGAUGCACGACCUGAACGACGCGCUGGACGAGCUGCGGGCGGUCAUCCCCUACGCGCACAGCCCCUCGGUGCGGAAGCUCUCCAAGAUCGCCACGCUCCUCCUGGCCAAGAACUACAUCCUGAUGCAGGCGCAGGCCCUGGAGGAGAUGCGGCGCUUGGUGGCUUAUCUCAACCAGGGCCAGGCCAUCUCGGCCGCCUCCCUGCCCAGCUCCGCCGCGGCGGCGGCGGCGGCGGCGGCGGCGCUGCACCCCGCCCUCGGCGCCUACGAGCAGGCGGCCGGCUACCCCUUCAGCGCCGGGCUGCCCCCCGCCACCUCCUGCCCGGAGAAAUGUGCCAUCUUCAACAGCGUCUCCUCCAGCCUCUGCAAACAGUGCACGGAGAAGCCUUAAGCGCCGCCGCCGUGGCCGCCCCCCGCCGCCGCCGCG